GAUACAUCGGGACCUUUACGUCGUCGUACGUCAACUCCCCAGUCCCCCCUCCAUCACUGUUCUACAGAGGAAGAAAGGGGGAGACGGAAAACCUGUACUGAACGCUUUCACCCAAAUAUGAGCGGCAGCGGGCGGGCCAGGACCAGCUCUUUCGCUGAGUCUCCCGGAGCUCCCGGAUCUGCUGCAGCCGGUGCCGGAUCGUCGGUAGCCAGCGGAAGCUCGACAGGAAACACUGGGGCUUCACAAGCCAGUGGAAGCGUCUCGAUGAGCUUUGGGAAUUUGAGACUGCCUAGCAGUAGAGACAGCGGCAAAGUGACGACGGUGGUAGCCACGCCCGGGCAGGGCCCUGACCGCCCUCAGGAAGUGUCCUACACAGACAUAAAGGUCAUAGGAAAUGGCUCGUUCGGAGUGGUGUACCAGGCUCGCCUCAUCGAUACUCAGGAGAUGGUGGCAAUUAAGAAAGUUCUCCAAGAUAAAAGAUUUAAGAAUAGAGAGCUGCAAAUUAUGAGGAAACUGGACCACUGCAACAUUGUAAGACUACGCUACUUCUUCUACUCGAGCGGGGAGAAGAAAGACGAGGUUUAUUUGAAUCUUGUGCUGGAUUUCGUCCCGGAGACGGUGUACAGGGUGGCUCGGCACUUCAACAAAGCCAAGACCUCCAUACCCUUCAUCUACGUCAAGGUGUACAUGUACCAGCUGUUCCGCAGUCUGGCUUAUAUCCAUUCCCAGGGUGUUUGUCACAGAGACAUUAAGCCUCAGAACCUCCUGGUAGAUCCAGAGACGGCCGUUCUCAAACUCUGUGACUUUGGCAGUGCAAAGCAGUUAGUUCGAGGGGAGCCAAAUGUGUCCUAUAUUUGCUCACGGUACUAUCGUGCCCCAGAGCUUAUAUUUGGCGCCACCGACUACACAUCCAACAUCGACAUCUGGUCGGCCGGCUGCGUGUUAGCGGAGCUGCUGCUAGGACAGCCCAUCUUCCCCGGGGACAGUGGAGUGGACCAGCUAGUAGAAAUCAUCAAGAUUUUGGGGACGCCAACGAGGGAGCAGAUCCGGGAGAUGAACCCAAACUACACAGAGUUCAAAUUCCCCCAGAUCAAAGCACACCCUUGGUCAAAGGUUUUUAAGCCCCGUACGCCACCAGAGGCCAUCGCCCUCUGCUCUCGACUGCUGGAAUACACGCCCGUCUCCAGACUGUCUCCCCUUGAAGCGUGCGCGCACGCCUUCUUCGACGAGCUUCGCCUGCCCAACACCCGUCUGCCCAGCGGACGAGAACUGCCACCCCUGUUCAACUUCAGUCCCGUUGAGCUGUCUAUUCAGCCCCAGUUGAACCCCACACUCAUUCCUCCUCACGCUCGUGCACAGACGUCGCCCGCCUCACACGAGGGCAGUGUGUCAGACAGUACCGCCCAGCCCAGCUCAGCACCGGGAUCCAUCAACAACAGCACCUGAGCAUCUUUCCUUCCGUCACAUUUUCUGUUUCGUCUUCCCCGUUUUCCUGUUCCUUCCCUCCACUCCUCUCCCUCUAAGCUUAUUCGUGGCUCCAUCCCUUUAAAAUAGGAGGAAAUAACCCGUCACACCCACAUAACCCCCCUUCCCCAGCCCCAGCAUCGAAACUCUCCUCAGAAUGUCACCCUUUCCUAAUAGAAGGCAGCGUCUGUAGCUGCUGCUCUGGGAAGCUGUGGGUUGUUUUAAUGUUUUCUUAGCUGCACUUUGGUUUAAUAUACGCUGCAGUCCUAUCUGUAGGGACUGUUACGAUAAAGAAAGUGGAUAUUGAUUGUAUUUCUGAUCGGCGUUUUUAUUUUUAGGUUCAUUUUAUUCGCAUCAGCUGGUUUGUGUGUGCAGCCGUGGCGCCGCUGCUUAAUUCAGCCGGCUUUUUGAGCUGAGACGAAGGGUAGCGUGCAAUUCCCGACCUAUAUGUUGACAAUCAUUUUUAGUGGAGUCAAAAAUGGCUUGGUCGUAGCUGAAGAGUCCAGCGUGUAGACUUAGAGGCUCUUUUGUUUUCCUACCAUGAAAUCAGCUCAAAACGUGUUGAAGUUGUUUUAAUCUGCAAGACGAAGCGCGUCGUUUUAAAUGAGAGGUGGUUUUAAUUUGUAUCACAAAAAAAUAAAAAAUCACCACAGGUGUUCACCGUUAGCUAGCGUCUUAAAUGCCUUUUUACGUGAUCUAAGGGAGCUUUAGCCGAGCAAAGCUUCAUUUUGCUUCUCAUAAACUCAUGUUUUCGUUGGUUACCGUGGGAACCGAGAGCUUCCGUUAUUGUUGCACAUGUCAACAGGAAGUGGAGGGAAGCAAAGGGGCCACUUGUGUCCAGCUGGGGGACAAAACGUCACGGAGGGAAGCUAGUCGCUUUUGAUUCAGAAUCGCCAUCCCGUCAAACGGGUGAGUCAUCUGGGAUACGUCCCUUUCUGUUUCAUAUCGGCGCGAUCAUGCUGAAGAAUGCAGCCCAGAGGUGUUAAUUAAAGCAUCCUGCUUGUGACGCUCAUAUCAUGUUCCAGCUAGCGGUCGU